GUUAUAUGCUGCAUUUUUUAAAUUAGUUUGCAUCCCAAAAAUCUCGAAUAAUUCCGCUCACUUGUCACUGUGAGACGGCUUCAACGAUGCUGAGCGUCCCAGCGUCCGACGCCGAAGCGACGCUCCGAACGACGCCGACGCCAAUCGAUUUUCUCCCUAUGCAUGACACCGCUCUGCGUCAGAUGAUCUCGCAGCAUCACAAUACAACAAACCCUCGAUGGCGCAGAGAUGAAAAGACAAAAUGUGAGGACACUUUCGCUUGUCGUGUGCACAUUCACUUAUUUGCUGAUCGGAGCAGCCGUAUUCGAUGCUCUAGAGUCCAAGGAAGAGGAACGCAGGGAUCAGCUACUUAAAGUGUCUUCCAAUGCACUGAAACGAAAAUACAACAUUUCCAAUGACGACUACCGCAUGAUCGAACUGGUGAUCAUCGAAUAUAAACCCCACAAGGCCGGACCACAAUGGAAGUUCGCUGGGGCCUUCUACUUCGCCACAGUAGUUUUGGCCAUGAUUGGAUAUGGGCACUCCACGCCAGUCACUGCGGGAGGAAAGGCGUUUUGCAUCGGAUAUGCGGUGGUUGGCAUACCUCUAGGCCUAGUGAUGUUCCAGAGCAUCGGUGAGCGCCUAAACAAAUUCGCUUCGGUAGUAAUCCGUCAAAUAAAGAAAUACCUGAGCUGUCAAAAAGUGGAGGCGACUGAGAUGAAUUUGAUGUUCGCUACCGGAAUGUUGUCUUCCAUAAUCAUCACCACUGGAGCUGCCGUCUUUUCUAGAUACGAAGGGUGGACUUACUUCGACAGCUUUUACUAUUGCUUUGUUACCCUAACGACUAUCGGAUUUGGUGACUACGUAGCUUUACAGAACGACAAUGCAUUGAUUGAAAGGCCUGGAUAUGUUGCUCUAAGUUUAGUCUUCAUUUUAUUCGGACUAGCAGUUGUGGCUGCUAGUAUCAAUCUACUAGUGCUGAGGUUCAUGACAAUGAACACGGAAGACAUAAAGCGUGACGACCAAGAUUUGCAAUCUUCUUCCCAUAACGUCCUUACUUUCGAUGGAGAAGUGAUGGCGGUCAACGGAAAACUUCUAGCAGGUCAUACGUAUAUAGGAACCGAAGGGGAGAUAGACCAAACAUCCGUCUGUUCUUGCAAUUGUUUGGGACUAAAUCACGUGGAGAAUGAAGAGCUUCUAUUGGAUGGCAGCUAUCACCCGUCGCAAACCAUCCUAAACUCUAGCUUGAAAGUGAAGAGGGCGUCCGUAUGACAACAUACUGAAGCACUGGAAUUGGCAGCGUUGGAAUGAAAUUACUCAAAAUAAACGCAUUAGUAUCAUAUGAAAAUGUCUCAUUUCGUGAAUAAAAUAUUGGAAUGGUUGUGUUUCACACAUUA